GACCAACCCACAGCCAAACAGCAAACUUCUUAUAAAAACCAAUGCAAUUUGAAACACAUUAACUCCUGCAAAUUGACACACUCAGAGAGAGAGAGAGAGGGAGAGAGAGAACACAGUGCUGAAUCUUCAAUCCAGGACCACAUAUCAAGUUGUUAACCUUCAUAAAGGAGAAAGCAGUUUUUGUGAAUGUUGAACAGCCACCAUGAGGCCUGCUGGUCUUUCCAUUUUCAUUGCCGUCCUCUCAGCCUCUGUCCUGGGGUGCAGCUCCAUGUUGCCUUGGCCUUACUCCAGCCAGGAGUGGCAACAUGUUGACAAUAAUCGGCCAAAUGAAGUGGAAAUUCACUUAGUGCUGGGGCCACGCAAUGUCUUCAACAACGACCUAGCUUAUAUAUAUUACGGAACGUAUUACUACACACAGAAAAAAGUUAAGGUGUGUGUUAUUAAAUUAAACACGGACCAAAACGGUCAACAUUCUUUUGAAGAGCUUUCCAGGCCAAGUGGUGUGAGCGAUACACUUAUUCAGAAUGCUGAUAGAGUCAAGAUUACCUUGAUUUCUCAUGGUAACAGAAAACUUAUGGAGUCAAAAUACGGAAAUCUGAAACUUUAUGGUGUGGACUACAACAUCAAUAACAUGAAUUACCAACAACUGGCUAGUGUGGUGAAGGAAUUUGUCAGCAAGCUGAAACAACCCCUAGUUGAAAUGCGAUUCAUUGUUUGCAAUGCUGGCUCGAACGCCGCAGGAAAUUAUAUGACUCGAUUCAUGAAGGAGGUGAAUAAUAAUAAUCAGGGGUUCCAGCUCCGUAAGAUUGUGGCGUACGACACCUACGUGUCAACAUCCAACACAUUCAAUGUUUACCAAACUACAUUUGUUGAUGUUCCUGAAGAUCUAAUCUGGAUGUAUGAGCAACGGGGUAUUAUGGAACCUAUUUCUUUUAUGAAUUAUUUCAACCAGGGGCGAUGGAGGAAUGAAAUAACCAUAAAAGAUAAAAGAAGAGUUGUGUUUACUUAUGAAAAAGGAGACGUGUAUCGCAGCAACUUGCGAAAAAUUACUAAUCAUAAUAAUAAUCAAAUGGACAUCGACAUGGAAACAAACAUAAACCAGCUUAAUGACCAAAACAGCUUUGGGGAGCAGCUUGAUAAUAACUUAAAUGGUUGUUUUAAGAAGAGGCGGCGGCGCAGAAAUGUGUGCAAUUCAGAGGAGUAUGUGGUGAAGGAGACGUCACUGAGCAUUAAAGACGGUCAAGUGGAGGUGGAAGUGGCAAGCAGGAGGAACCCAGAGGACACCCACCUGGUCUCCUUCCCUCUCGAUGAGUCCAAAAGCUUCUACACCCGGCAGAUCGAAGAGAAUGCCAUGCAUCAGGGCAGUCGAGUGAAAGGGGCAGGUGGGGGUGUCCUGGACAAGAUCAACAGAGGCAUGGCAGUGUAUGGCAUUGUGGCUGGCUUCAUUGGGGCGGGGAAGUUUUUUGCAGAGAAUGACACAGCCAGAGGGGCCUUCACUCUCACCCAGUCUCUACACGGGCUUGGGGGGCUGACUGGCGUGAAUCAACAGCUCUCCAAAAUGUCCCAGAACAUAUUAAAAAGCACCAUCCGUAAAGGGGCAGAGAGAUUGGGUCUGGAGAAGACACUGGAGAGAGUCAGCGGCUCACUGGAAAGAGUUGAGGAGAGUGCCGCUGGACAGUUUCUGAAGGACAUUCCUGGCUUGGGUUUCCAAUUCUAUUUCAUAGCUGAAGAUUCUGUAGCUAUUCAGACCAGCAACAACUCUGACCCAGAACAGAAUAAAUAUUAUGGCUUAAAAGUUUCCAACUUAGUCUUGGACGUGUCAACCACAGUGCUGUCCAUCGCUGAACUGGCCUUCCCUCCGGCAGCACUCAUUCUGGAGCCCAUAAUCAUUGGCCUGACCAUAGUUAGGAUGUCCAUCAGUGAUUUUUACUGCGAUGUUGUGAGUGAGCUGGACCGGCUGCCCAAGGCUGCUAAUGACAUACAGAAACUGACUGCUGUUUUAAAAGGGUUAGCGGAAGGUGCUUUGGAUUUUGGGACGGGAGGGCUGCUGAGACAGAUGAAAAAGGUGGAUGAAGAAUACAGGAAAAACCAAGAGCUUCUGCUGAAUUUGUCCUCUCCGGGCGCCUAUUACAGAAUAGUGGCCAAUGACGGUAACGCAAGCACCAUCGACCUGACGGAAGGGGCGCUCUCUCAGUACGGGGGUUUGAUAACGGUCCAGCUGUCGAACCACGGCAAUGUCACCAUUCAGAUUGGAGGCAUUGAUGAUGGGCGAGGCGGGGUCAAAACCAUUGUGAAAACAUUCCACAACCCCGCCAUUCAGAGCAUCAUUCUUGGGGUGGGGGAGUCUCGCCAGUUCCUGUACACCCAGAAGACUGCAAACCUGUGGUGGGUCAUCCCAGUGCACUCCCAACGGGUCAUCUGUGGAGAACUCCUGCUCCGCUCCUCCCUGUUCGGCACCUAUUAUGGGAAUGACAAGGACAACUCCUUCUUUGCCCUCCAGCAACCGGCAGCGGAGCAGCCUCCCCCGGCUCCCUCAGACCCCUGUGCUUAUGGAGGCCUCGACUUGGACUACGUGAUCCGGAACUACCGCUACACCAUCCAUGGCCAUGGGGGGGAUGACUUUUUCUUUCUCGGGCAGCAGGCUUCGGUGCUCUCUGGUGGAGAAGGGAGGGACCUUUAUGUCUUUCCCACAGGCGGAACCAUUUCCGAGAUUGACAACUUCUCCCACGAUUUGUUUGAGGAUCACCUGCUGAUUAAAGCACCUUUCAGCCGCAUUGAUUGUAUCCGGCAUCAAAACGAUCUUUUACUUGUUUACGGACAACAGAAGAAGCACCAGAUCACCAUAAAGAACUGGUUUACCCACAGCAACGUUGACUACUAUCAGCACAUGACAUUUCAGUCUGCUGACGGUGUCAUGUUUAAAAUAGCAGACAGAGGACUUACGGGGCACAAGUUCCAUACUAUCUGUGUCCCGGAAACUCUGGACAACACCAAAUCCCAAAGUCCGGUGUUUCUCAGACUGGAGGGGGAUUACCAAAGCGUAAUCAGGGUUUUGGGCAGCAAUUUUAGUGACAGCAUUUUGGGCAACAAAAGGGACAACGUUCUCAAUGGUGGUCCGGGAGCAGACGUGCUUGAAGGAGGAGAGGGAGCCGACACCUAUGAGAUCUUCCCAGCAGAAGGCUGUGAUAUCAUCAACAACUACGCCACAGACCAGAAAUUAGACUUGGUGGUGUUUCACGUGCCCUUCCAGAGUAUUCGUGCAGAACUGCUGGAUGAUGGUGUUCGGGUGACAGACGAAAAAGAGCCCAAGUCGACGUGUUUCCAUUUGCAAAAGUGGAACAUUGACAGACAAUAUCAACACUUGGCGUUUCUGUCUUCAGAUCAUGUGACUUUUUACAUCUCAAAAAGUGAAGACAGUGGGCUGGUAAAGACGCCGCUGAUGGUCGACCUCAGUACAGAGAAACACGGCAGCACCGUAAACCUCAACAAAACUGACCAACACUUCCACACUGUGGUGACUGUCUUCGACUCCCCCUAUGAUGACGUCAUUGUCGGGAAUGCGCUGGGCAACUUCCUGAGCUGCACCGGGGGCAGGGACCGCCUGCAGGGAGGAGGUGGCAGUGAUAAAUACGUCAUCAAGUCUGGGUGCGGAGGAGCUCACAUCAACAAUUUUGCAGAAGACAAAACUAGCGAUGUUUUGUUUAUCCAGUAUGCCUGGGGGAAAUCAAAACAGAGCUUAGAUUCCCACAUCUCGUGUUGA